AUGAUGUGGUUGCUUGGGAGUGUCGUUGCAGCUGCACUGAUUGCCUUAUAUCUACGCAGAUAUCCUACGAAUGUCAGUCAUAUCCCUAGAAUCCCGUUCUCAAGUUAUUUCUUCGGUCAUGUCAAAGAUAUUUCUGAUGAAUGCUUCGGGGAACGUAUGGUUAGCUGGACAAAUGAAUAUGGACACACUUACGUGAUAGAUUCCUUUUUAAGAGAGCCCUAUAUCCACACUAUGGAUAAGUCAGCACUUUACCAUAUUUUCCAGACGAACUCACAAAAUUACACCAAACCUAAGGCUUUCCGAGACGUAAUGAGAACGAUGAUAGGUCGUGAUGGCAUACUCAUCACUGAAGGCGCUCAGCACAAGAAGUUACGCAAAUUAAUGACACCGUCUUUCUUCACUGCUGGAAAUUUACAGAACUUCAUUCCAAUCAUUCAACAAAAAGCUACAGAAUUGGUUGAUGUUUUCAACAAUAAGGAGAAAGUGACAUGUGAUGUGCUGGACCCUUUGAUGAAUUUUUCUACUGAUGUUGUCGGUUUAAUUGGUUUCGGUUUCUCAUUCGAUAUGUUAAGCCCUGAAAGGAGACGUGAACAGCGUCAAUCAGACCUGCAACAGGCGGUAGAAAGGAUAUUUUCUUCGGCUGGUCCUUCUUCGCUCUUAGCGUCAGUUUCAUUUUUCAUGUCCUCAAUAAUGAUAAUUCCAACAAAGGCUUUAAAACUUAUAAAACAGGCCAUGAGCUUGCUCGAGCACGUUGGGUUGGAUCUAAUGAAGGAAAAGGAAGAGGCAGAAAAAGAGAAUGAAGAGAUUGGUGAAGAUUCAUUCCAGGGUAAAGAUAUACUGUCUUUGCUAAUGAAAUCAAAUCUCAAUCCUGAUCUCAAUCCAAGUGAUAAAAUGAGUACUUCGGAGGUCGUUUCGCAGAUUUCUACUUUCCUGCUUGCUGGACUUGAUACAACGUCAACUACGAUGACGUUUAUGCUCCACUCGUUAGCUUCGAAUAAACGAGUGCAAGAUAAAUUGCGUAGCGAGAUAAUCGAACACGCACUAAAUAUGAAUGAAUCAACCUCGCUUAAUGACGUCAAUGCACUUCCUUAUCUGGAUUUGGUGAUAAAAGAGGCACUCAGACUUAACGGACCUGUGCCUCUUGUUUUCAGGCAAGCUACAAAAGCCGAUGUCAUACCCUUAGCAAAUCCAGUGAAGGAUACAAAGACUGGUGAUAUGAUUUCACAGAUAGUGAUCAAGCCUGGUCAGAAGGUAGCGAUCGGAAUUCACUCAUACAACAAAUCUAACUUGAUGUGGGACAAACCACUAGAGUUCAUUCCAGAGCGGUACGAAAAUGACACCCACAGCCCACCUAAUCUAUCUUUCAUCGACGGCCAGAGAGUGUGCAUUGGAUUCAAAUUAGCUUCGCUUCAAAUGAAAAUUUCUACCAUUAACCUGAUUAAAAACUUUACAUUCUCGCUCCCUGAUCCACCACAGACCCUCGUGAGAGCGGGUAGAGUGGUACAUAAGCCUUACAUUGGCGAGCGCAAGUAUUUAGGUGCUAGAUUAGAAUUGCAAGUAAAUGAGUACAAGCUUUAA